AUGGCUCCAUCCAUAGACCAAGCCUCGCAUCUGAACGCUUCUUCCUUGGACGAUGUCUCCAAGGUCAAGUCGGCCCUCCUCAGCGCCAGCAGCUCAACCUCGAGGAGCGGCUCGCACACCCCUAUCGACCACAUCAUCGCCAACAAUGCUGGUUACACCGACACAGUCUUCGAAGGUAAGGCGGAUCAGGCUGCCCAGGUCAAGAAGCUCCUCUCGAGCAAGGGUUUCAUCCCUCCGGAUCUCGUCAACCCAGAGGUUGACUGGUUCUACCAAAAUCUCGGAAUCGACGACACCUACUUUGCUCUCGAAAACGUAGAGACGGUGGCAGAUCACAUUCUCGCUCUCUUUGGCGCAAAGAUCAUGGCCUACACCAAGCACUCCAACAGCCUCGACAUCGACCUCGAGAAAGAGUCCGACAAUGGCGCCGUCUUUAUCCACUCGUCCCAGGCCGGCAAAUCGCAGGCCGACGGUCCCCAAUGGGAGCGACGCAUCGACGCAAACUACCUCGACAAGUCGUCCGUCGACAAGGCGUACCGCCUCGAAACCUACCGCUCCGCCGGUUCCGUUUCGGCUCAGUCUAAACAGCAGCUCCGAUGCUACUUCUUGGCAAAGUGCACCUUUGUCGAGCCUCGUCCCGCACAAGACUCGCCCAGCUACGCCGACAUCCGCGCCGUCUCGGACAAAACUUUCCUCACAAAGGCCAGCGACAACACGCUCGACAUCUACCAGAGCAUCAUGGACGAGGUCCUCCGCCGACAGGGUCCCGUCAUCGAAAUGUUCGAGGUCGAGGGAAGUCGAGAGCGCCGGAUCGUCAUCGGCUACCGCAUGGGCACCACAAACAGCUUCUUCAGCGCACUUUCGGACCUCUACCACUUCUACGGCCUCUUCUCGUCGCGCAAGUACGUCGAGCAAUUCUCCAACAAUGUGACCAUCAUUUCGAUCUACCUCAACCCGCUCCCGGCCUCCAACAGCCCUCCCAUCGAGCAUUCGAUCCACCAGGUCAUGAAGGAGGCCUCACUCAUCUAUAUCCUGCCAGACAACCCUUUCUUCCAGCCCGCUCUUGCCGAAAACACACACGCUGUCCAAGAGGCCACUUACGCAUACGUGGGCUGGCUCUUUGCUCAGCACUUCUGUAACCGACUCGGCCAGGCGUAUCAGUCUUUGAGAAACGUGCUCAACGAAAACGACUCGCAGCAGGCCGCCAUCCUCAACGAGAUCAAGCUGCGAUUCCGUGAAGAGACCUUCACCCGUCAGUCGAUCCAAGAGGUCAUCGAAAACCAUCCUACACUCAUCCGCCUCCUCUAUGUUCACUUUGCCAACAUCCACUACCCCGGAGGAGCGGAUGACCAAGAGCUUGUGCCCACGCUCUCGUUCCAGCGUCUCGUCAAGGAAGAGGUGCUCGACGACAACCAGAUGUACGACCGUAUCCGCAAGGCUGCCAACAACUCGCACGAGCGUCAGGUCCUCGAGGCCUUCCUGUUCUUCAACAAGGCUGUUCUCAAGACCAACUUCUACACUCCUACCAAGGUCGCCCUCUCCUUCCGCCUUGACCCCGGCUUCCUCCCCGAGGUCGAGUAUCCCGUCAAGCCGUACGGUAUCAUCUUUGUUGUCGGUGCCGAGUUCCGUGGCUUCCAUGUCCGCUUCCGCGACGUCGCUCGAGGCGGUAUCCGCAUCGUCCGAUCCAGGAACCGAGAAAACUACUCGAUCAACCAGCGAACGCUCUUCGACGAAAACUACGCUCUCGCGUCGACACAGCAUCUCAAGAACAAGGAGAUCCCCGAAGGUGGUGCUAAGGGUACCAUCCUGCCCACCCUCGAUGCCAACCCCAAGCUUGCCUUUGAAAAGUACGUCGAUGCCAUCCUCGAUCUGCUCAUCAAAGGUCAAACUCCGGGCGUCAAGGAAGAGAUCGUCGACCUCCUGGGCACGGAAGAGAUCCUCUUCCUCGGUCCUGACGAGGGCACCGCCGAUCUCAUGGACUUUGCCGCCGAGCACGCUCGCGCGCGCGGCGCUCCUUGGUGGAAGUCGUUCACCACCGGUAAGACCGCCGCCACGCUCGGCGGUGUUCCACACGAUGUCUGGGGCAUGACCUCGCUGUCGGUGCGUCAGUACAUCAUCGGCAUCUACCGCAUGCUCGGCCUCAAAGAGCAAGAAGUGACCAAAGUCCAGACCGGCGGUCCCGACGGCGAUCUCGGCUCCAACGAGAUCCUCUUGUCGGUCGACAAGACCGUCGCCAUCAUUGAUGGAAGCGGUGUCAUCUACGAUCCUCUCGGUCUCAACAGGCAAGAGCUCGUGCGCCUCGCCAAGGCGCGCAAGAUGAUCUCCGACUUUGACGCCUCCAAGCUCAGCUCGAACGGCUACCGUGUCCUGGUCGAGCAGAAUGACGUCAAGCUUCCGACCGGCGAGGUCAUCCCGGACGGUGUUGCCUUCCGAAACUCGGCUCAUCUCCGAUUCAAGGCCGACCUCUUCGUCCCCUGCGGAGGUCGUCCCGAGGCCAUCAACAUCUCCAACGUCAACCAGCUCUUUGACCAGGACGGAAAGCCUCACUUCAAGUACAUUGUGGAAGGCGCCAACCUCUUCAUCACCAGGCAAGCGCGACUCGAGCUUGAGAAGCGCGGCGUCAUCCUUUACCCGGAUGCCUCGGCCAACAAGGGUGGUGUCACCUCGUCUUCGCUGGAAGUGCUCUGCGGCCUCUCUCUCGAGGACGCCGAGUAUGUCGAGUCGAUGCUCUUCAAGGAUGGCAAGCCAACCAACUUUUACCUCUCCUACGUCCGCGACAUUCAAACUAUCAUCGGACGCAACGCACGAGCCGAGUUCGAGGCCAUCUGGCGCGAAAACAUCGAGACCGGCAAGCCAAGAUCCACCAUCUCGACUGAGCUCAGCACUACACUCAACAAGCUCUCCGAGGAGCUGGAAGCCACCGAUCUCUUCUCGAACGAGCAGCUGCGUUCCGCUGUGCUCGGCCAGGUCUUCCCUCCCACCCUCAUCAAGAGGGUCGGUCUCGCCAAGCUCAUCGAGCGCAUCCCCGAGGCGUAUGCCCGCUCGGCCUUUGCCGCCAAAGUGGCCGCCAGCUUCGUUUACGCCAACGGUCCCAACGCCAGCCACGUCGACUUUUACAAGCACAUUUCGACGUUGCUGGCCCCACAAGCGGCUUCGUCCCCAUCGGCUCAGCACCACUAG